AUGAAGCUCAACUUCGUUUUCCUAUGCGGCGUUGCCACGGCGGCCUACUUUCGUCCUGCCGAAUGGGGAUCACAGUCUAGUGUCAUCAUGGCGUGGCCUUCUGCCGACAACCCGGCUUACAAGAAUGCGCAAGACGAUCUGCAAGACGCCACGACAGACAUCACCAGCAUUGCGCAGGCAGUCGCCAAGUUUGAACCAGUCACGCUGCUGGUCGUGCAGAGCCGACUAGACGAAGCAAAAUCGCAGUUCGCAGACAGUAAGAACAUCACUCUGCAGUCGAUUGAGACUUACCCCAAACUGGAUCUCUGGAUGCGCGACAUGGCCCCGACUUUUGUUUUUGACAAGACAAACACAAGUGGCCAGCUCUUUGGUGUCGACUACAACUUCAAUGGAUGGGGCAACAAGUUCCCGACGGGUUCAUGCCUCUCUCUUGCAUCGAUGCUAUCUUACAGCAUGAAGGUGCCACGUGUGGAUUCCUCCCUUGUGUCGGAAGGCGGAUCUCUCGAAGUCGAUGGAGAGGGUACGCUGCUCGUUACGGAGAGCUCCGUUCUCAUUGACAAUCGCAACCCCGGCAAGACCAAAGCACAGGCAGAGGAGGAGUUCCAGCGCACUCUUGGCGUGACAAAGACCAUCUGGAUCCCAGGCAGAAAGGGCUCCGACAUUACAGACGGCCACAUCGACGGUCUUGCUCGUUUCAUCGCCCCCGGCAAAGUCCUCCUCAGCCGCCCCAGCACGCUCGAGGGCGGCGGUCCGUUUGUUGACACCUAUCGAGAGGCCCAGGCAAUCUUGUCGAACACGACUGACGCCAAGGGGCGCACGCUUGAGAUUACUGAGGUUGUCGAGGCCGAUCUUGAAAACAUUGGGGCAGACAAGGCCCUCGUUGAGCAGGUACAAAAUGGGGAGAAAGACUACCCCUCGUUGACAAGCGCUCAAGAUCGUAAAGGAAUUAUACCCUGA